AUGUCAAUUUCUACCUCAAAUGGUUUUGAGGUCUUAUUACCAUCACCAUUGCCAGAUUUUUCCAAUCCUUUGGACAAUAAAAAAUCAAUCAAUCUUCAUGAUAGGAGUUUUAUGAGAAAUAACGUUGGUUAUUAUAAUGGCAAUAACGAUGACGAUUCUGAUGAUAAAAGAAAAGGAAUCGAAGAAUUAUUACCAAUGGAUGUAGAUUUUGACUUAGUCGAGGAUCAUAAUUAUU